AUGCCUCAAGAGCCCCCGGCCGCCGCCCUGCCCGCGUGCCGCAUCUCGGAAUUCCCCUGCAAGACCAACAAGUGCAUCCGCCUGGACCGGUACUGCGACGGCCGCGACGACUGCGGCGACAAGAGUGACGAGCCGCCGCACUGCACAGUGUGCAACCGCACGUACUAUGGGGAUGUCGGCAAGACCUACGAGCUGUCGCUGGGCAAGCCGCCGCUCGACCGGAUACCCUACAACUGCCACCUCACCUUCACUGCCAGCGGCCACACGCACGGCGAGCUCAUCCAGCUCAUCUUCGACGAGUUCCACGUGGGCCGCUACCUGCGCCACGCCGCGGACGCGGGCUGCCCCGACGGCCACAUGACGCUGGCCGAGCUGGGCCGGCCGUUCACGGGCGGCUUCUGGUGCGGCGCGUCGUCGGGCUACGCCGUGUACUUCUCCGAGGUGUCCACCGUGACGCUGUCGCUGCGCCUCUUCGCGUCCACGGCGCACGCCGCCACGCCCUUCCGCUUCCACCUGCGCUACCGCUUCAUCACGCGCGACGACGCCGUGGUGCGCUUCGGCAGCCACGACAAGCAGGUCGAGCGCGGCACGGGCGUGCCGGGGACGUACUGCAGCCGGCAGUUCGACGAGUGCUACCGCAAGAAGUGCAAGCUGCAGAGCCCCAACUACCCCGGCAUGUACCCCCGCAACGUGACCUGCUUCCUGAGCCUGCGGCAGAAGGAGGUGCCGCACUGCAAGCACGCCAUGAUCACCGUGCACCAGAACGCCGAGCACAAGAUCCAGAUCAAGCGCGCCGCCGCCGCGCUGCCGGCCAGCGUCAACAAGACGUCGCGCGCGGUGCGCGUGUGGGACGACUGCUCGGGGCCGCUGGGCGAGCGCGACUACCUGGUGUUCUACGACGGACCCUCCACCAGCGACCCCGUGCUUAUCAAGUGGUGCGGCGGCGACUGGCUGCCCAAGAUCUCGUCGCGCGGCCCCGAGAUGCUCGUCGCCUUCCACUCGUCGGCCUUCUCCGCGCCGCUGCACGCGCUCAGCCCACUGCGCGGCUUCGAGCUCGAGGUGGACGUCAUGUUUUCGGACUCGGACUCGCUGGACUACCAGCGCGACCCCCGCAAGUGCGAGUUCUGGAUCAACGCGACCUCGUGGGGCGUGGGCGGCGCGGGUAACCCGCCGCCGCGCUGGGGCCACGUGCUGAGCCCGCGCCACACGCUGCCGCCCAACACGACGUGCACGUACCGCUUCCACGGGCUGGCCGGCGACACGGUGUGGCUGUACUUCCUGGCGUACUCGCACCACUCGCUGCUGUCCACCUCCAGCAGCCUGCCCUCCGUGCUGGCCACGCCCGCCACCUCCACCACCACGACCUCGGCCAGGCCACCGUCCCUGCUUCACAACCACCUUCUGCUGCUGCCGCCUAGGCCGGCCAGCACACCGCCGCCCAGCCCCUGGAUCGGUCUGAGCGGCACCAAGUCCAACCAGGCCGGCUCCGGCUCGCACCACCGAUCGGACCUGAACCACAUCCUCGGCGUGGAUCCCGCGGCCACGCCGUCGACGGCCUCGGCCUGCUCCAUGCGCCUGCGCAUCUGGGACGGUGGGGGCACCACGGGACUGCCGGUGCUGGCCUCGCACUGCGACAAGGACGGGCCCCGGCUGUGCGCGCACGCCGCGCUGGGCAACGCCACCAGGACGACGCGGUCCUGCGGGCCGCACGAGAGCUACGAGUCCACGGGCACCGACCUCACCAUGCAGCACACCAUCACGGAGGGCACCGCCCUGCACCCCGUGCACUGGAGGCUGCACUACGAGUUCGUCGACACGAACCUGGGCGGGGAGGCGUGGACGGGCCGCGGCGCCAUCCUGGCGUCGGGCGCAGUGGCGUCGGCGGGCCGCCCCCUCUCGCGGCCACCCAUCCCCUGCGCGCGCCUGUUCCGUAAGCUGCGCUCCGGGGACGUGUUCUCGCCCCGGAACGUCUUCAUGUUCGGGAGGGGCGGCGCCGCCAACCUCUCCUGCAUCUACCGCAUCGAGGCGGCCAGCAACGAGCGGAUCCGCCUGACCGUGGACAAGGCCUCCUUCGGCGGGGACAGCGACGCGUGCAGCACCGUGGCGGACCCGCACACGGGCCGGCCCAGCUGUGCGUACGCGGUGGGGGCCAGGACGUCGGAGCUGCGUCUCUGGGAGGUGCCCUGGAGGGACGUGCGGCUGCCGCGGGCCUGCCUGUGCGACAACACCACCGUCACGUCACGGCCCUUCGUGUACCAGUCGGCGUCCCGCGUGCUGGAGCUCGCCUUCACCGUCACGCAGCUCAACGUCACGGAGGACUUCGACGACCUGCACUUCCACGCCACCUUCGAGAUGGUGCGGAGCAACGAAUGCUCAAGGAAACAAAGACUGAGAGGGGCUGGCGGCGAGAUCGAGUUCGAGAGCCCCGCGUCCAGCCGCACUGACCUGAGCUGCGAGGGCCUGCCGUGGAUGGUGGAGGCGCACGAGAACAAGAGCCUGUUCCUGCUGACGUGGGGCAGCUUCCUGCCAGUGUCGGGCCCCAUCGACGACUCCACGACAGGGUCCUCGCCCUCGCGCUGCCACACGAGGAGCCGCAUCCUGCUGUACUCGGGCCGGCCGCUCCGGCUGGCGCGCGUGGUGUGCCCGCUGCCGCAGCGCGAGCGGCCCUUCUCGCUGCACGUGUUCUCGGAGGAGUGGUUCGGGCUGCCGGCGGGCCAGCAGCUCCCCGCCGCGCCGCCGGGCACGCAGUCGUACACGGCCGUGGCGGUGGCGGCCAUGGCGGCGGGCGCGACGCAGGGCUUCGGCGGCUACGGCGCGCCCAGCUUCCUGGUGGAGUGGGUGGGCCGCGACUCGGCCUCGGCCGCGCUGCACUGGCUGGAGAUCUCCAGGCCCAAGCUGGCCCUGCAGCAGCGGCUGUGGUCGGAGAAGGGCGCCAAGCCGCCUCCCGACGCCAUCCCCAAGGGCAACCUGUCUCUGGCCCUCGGCUGGGACUGCCCCCACAAGUGUCCGGAGCUGAACGCGUGCAUCAGCGAGUCGCUGUGGUGCGACGGCCGCCCCAACUGCCCGUCGGGCUUCGACGAGGCGGACCCCAAGUGCGAGUUCAUCGGGCGGCGCAUCUUCACGUGGCUGCCGGGCGGGCUGUACUUCGCCAUGGCGAGCGCGGGCGCUGGCUGCGUGGCGCUGCUGCUGGCCUGCCUGCUGCUGGUCUUGUGCCGCGCCAGGGCGCGCCGCCGCCGCCUGCAGGCCAAGCAAGACGCGGGCUACGGCGGCUACGGCGGCUACGGCGGCGGCAGUGGCGCGGGCACGCUCAGCAGCGUCACGUCCUCCAGGGGCACCAUCGGCAGCCGCGGCUCGCUCAGCGCCGGCCUCAGCGGCGGCUCCCUGCCCGGCACCUACCGCCGCACCAAGAGCCGGCGGCGCAGCGACGGCACGGGGCGCCGCCUCUCCGGCGUGGACGGCGACGCCAUCGCCAACCAGCCGCGCCGCGUGCCCACGUCUGAACUGCUUCUCGACGCCAACUCCUGACAGCACGCCAGGUCUGUGGAGUACAUCCGCAUGGAGCUUGAGAGCACCGUGUAGGAUGUGGCCGCCCGUACGCACACCGUACCGGGUGGGCCGAGCAGAAGUCCUCUACUUGUGUCGGUCGGCCCGGCCGACUUCCCCUAACCACCGCCCCACCUGCUAGUGCCAAAAGCCACUAGGGGAGCCUCCGAAAGCAGUCUGGAUCGUGGAAUACAGAAAGGUUUAACCUAUCCUUACACUUACACUGCCCUUGAACUUUGUUUCAUUUUUAUUUUGUAUUUUUGUACAUCAUGUCUGCCAGAUUGUUGCAACUUUUUUUGCGACCCAUACUCACAUGGCAACCUUUGACCUUGUUCAUUAUCACUUCUUUACUGCCAUUUUUUAUUCACAAUAUAAUUUUUUUUAAACUUAUUUAAAACAUACUCUAGUAUGGUGAUUAAGAUGUGUUCAUGUUUUCUAUAGUUAUUGAUCACCUGGUGUGUUCGGUCGCUGUGAAGGACCACUUUUUAUCACUUCUUAGACAACAUCCCAUUAGAAUGUUGUGGAAAUCUGACUCCAAUCCAGACUGUCGAAGUUGCCCCUAGUUACGCACACAUCACCCACAGAUAUGCAAGAAAUGAAACAACAAUUUUGUGUUAGCCCCAUGCUGUGCUCAAACCAUAUAUGGAAACACUUCAAACCUCUUUCUAGGUAGUAGAUGAAAAGACGUCCUAAUGCAUGUUACCUCUUGUGCCUCAAUUACAUUUAGUUUUAUUGAUAUACACUAGCCAUAUUUAAUGUGUGAUAUUUAAUUCUAUCAGUGAGAUGCCAACAUUUCCCUUAUUGAUAAAAGGGAAUUUGAGUAGGCAGGGUAACAAAGUCAAUCUGUUGCAACAGCUGUGCAGCAAUUAUCAUCAAGAGUUCAAUACUCAAUUUCAAUUAGCCUGCUCAUCUCGCUCAAAAAAGUAUAAUUUUGUAUAAGCUAGGAAAUUGUGUGAUGCAAAGCAACGGGAAGAAAAUAGGCAAGGUGUGACAUGGACAACAACAUCAACUCGAAAAGAUUGCUUGCAUCCACAUUUUUAAAGAUCAUCUACAUUUAAUUAAAGGUGUAUCCAAGUUGCUACAUGGCAACAGAACAAAACAACUUAGAAUAUUAAUAUAGAGUUUAAAUCAAACAAGCACCUUAUGUAUUUUAAAAAGCAAUGAACUUGUAAAUUUCACUUAACACUUACACGCACAAAGAAUGGGAUGGUUCCAGCACACUAGUGAAAAUUAAGAAAUGCCAAGUAGCUCUCACUCCUAAAUGACUAAAAAAAAAUGUUUGACUAGCAUAGUAGUGCACAUAUAAUUUUAAACUGGAAAAUGAGCCUAACUUACACUGUCCCAAUGGGGGAUCAAAAAAUAAAAAGAAGUUAAUAAUAAAUUUCACUGACACCAUUGCAUGGCAAAAGAAAUACCUUCCACAAAUUAUGACAAAUUAAUAUGAAAGUAAAAGUUGCUAAUCAAAAACAGAUUCCUUGAAUAGAAUAUUUAGAAAAUAAAAUAAAUAGAAUUGUGUCGUUAAAAGGUCUCACAAAUUUUUGUUUGUUCUUUUUCUUAUGAGUACCUAGUACCUGUGCACUCUUUCUAUCAUUUUUAAGGAAACAGGCAUGGGUCUAAAGCAACUUGCUAUGGGUGAAACUAAGCUUGCGGCAAAAACAUUAUUCGCAUGGUAUAUACUGGAGCGGGUGGUUAAGGAGGAAAACCUAGAGGACUUCUGUAACUCCACAGACCGAAGGCAACACUGCAGCCAAUGUUGUCCUGAUGCACUUCAUGGACCAGGAAUACAGACUUGUGUGAUUUCUUUUGUCCUCAGACUGCAUGAGGAAAAUAAAGGUGAUGUUCUAGGUUACUAAAGAAAACUGAAAUUAAGACUUGUUAACAGUUUGUAAAAAGACUAUGAACAUGUGUUUUAAAAUAAUUUAAUGUAAAGUCUACGGUAAUGUAUAAAAGAAGUGACUGUUAAUUCUUUCAUAAAACUCUAAAACAUUGUUACUAGUGUGGAUGUUUCAUUGUUUAACACAAAUUCAAUGUGUCAGAAAAGUUAUAAAUUUAAUUUGAUUCUCAUAGAGUCAAAUUUUGCACUAAAAAUGGAAUCCAAAGUGGUAGCAUAGGACCAUGUUACAUUGCCAUAAGCUCAAUUUUAUUGAGCUCGUAACUUGUAAUAAGAAAUUCAGACUAAUGUAUUUUGUUCUGUCCAAAAUGCAAUACAGUCAUAAGCUGUGACAUAGAAACUAAAGCUGUGUUAAAAAAAACAACUUAUUAUGGCCGUGCCAAUUGAUAAUGUACCUUACACACACGGAUAACAAAUGCAUGAAUUCAAUCUGGCAUAACUUGUUGGACCGUGUUAAAAGAUAAAUAAAAUGCAAUUUAGUUAGAAAGUA